UCGCACGUGGUCUUGGCUCGCCCCUCCCUUUUUGACAAGAUGGCGGCGCCCAGCUGUAAUGCUCUGGGCCUUUGGGUGAGGGGUUCCGGGCAGUGUUUAGGGAGUCGUUUCAUUCUCGCCUGCCAGCCAUUUUGUUCCUCCGCUGCUGCGUCUGGGACUCUGAAUGCCCAGAGGUUAGCGGAGAAACUCCGAUCCCAGAAACAGGAACAAAAGACGAAGAAGCAACCGGUGCCCACAAACCCUGUUCAGCGGAGAGUGCAGGAGCUCGUGCGGUUCACACAGCAGCUGCAGCGAGUCCACCCCAACGUGCUUGCCAAGGCACUGAGCCGAGGGAUUGUGCACCAAGACAAGGAUCUCGUGGUCAUCAAUAAACCCUACGGUCUCCCCGUGCAUGGUGGCCCUGGGGUCCAGCUCUGCAUCAGCGAUGUAUUGCCUAUCCUGGCAAAAAUGCUUCGUGGCCACAAGGCAGAGCCAUUGCAUCUGUGCCACCGGCUGGACAAGGAAACCACAGGUGUAAUGGUGUUGGCAUGGGAGAAGGAAAUGGCACAUCAAGUUCAAGAGUUGUUUAGAACCCGUCAGGUGGUAAAGAAGUACUGGGCCAUCGCUGUGCGUGUCCCGGUGCCCUCAGCGGGAGUUGUGGAUAUCCCCAUCGUUGAGAAGGAGGUGCAAGGCCCGCAGCAGCACUACAAGAUGACGCUGUCCCCAGGCUACCGCAUGGACAAUGGGAAGAUGGUGAGAGCACAAACGAGCCGCAACGCGCAUGUAGCUGUGACUCAAUACCAGGUGCUAAGCAGCACUCUGUCCUCCGCCCUCUUAGAGCUCCAGCCAAUUACCGGCAUAAAACAUCAGCUUCGAGUUCACCUGUCUUUUGGAUUGGAUUGCCCAAUCCUUGGUGAUCACAAGUACUCAGACUGGAAUAAGCUGGCCCCCCAGAAGCUGUCUGUUGGUACCCUGAAGAAGCUGGGGCUGAAACAGGCGAAGGCCCGCCACAUCCCCCUUCACCUGCAUGCCCGCCAGCUGGUCUUGCCAGCCCUGGGGUCCAGGAAGGAGGAACUCAACUUGGUCUGCAAGCCUCCUCGCUACUUUCUGUGCUCCCUGAGACGUCUGGACUUACGGAUGCCAAGUCAGGAUCAAAGUGGGGACGAUGAAGCUGGACGUCUGAGAGCACAGUGAAGACCCUUGGGCAGUUUGGCCCCUGAAUUCUUCACUGUUUAGUGGACUCUGCUAGCUUCUCGCCGGGGACAGACUCCAGAAGGGUCAGGUGCUAUAAGUGGAAGAAACCCAGCUGCUUCUGGGCUUUUACUGGACACUGAAUAUUUACCAAUGCUCUGGCCAUUCUCUGGAAGAGCUUGCGGGAAGUCUCCCUGCCAAGAUAGAAGAGAGCCCAGGACCGGGCCGAUUGGGUCAAUGAUCGGAAAAGGAGAACUACGGCACGGAAUCUGUGCUCAGAAACUGGUUACGUCCAACAAUAAAGUUCUUGAUCUAUCGGGAA